AGUGGAUAUGGCCGGCGGCAGCACUGGUAGGUCUCUGGAGGAAACUCCGACAUGGGCUGUUGCUGUGGUCUGUUUCGUGUUGGUUCUUGUUUCGAUUUUCAUCGAACAAAUCAUUCAUUUCAUUGGAAAGUGGUUGAUUCGUAAACACAAGAGAGCUCUCUAUGAAGCACUGGAAAAGAUCAAAUCAGAACUUAUGUUGAUGGGGUUUAUAUCGUUACUGCUAACGGUUCUGCAAUCACCCAUUUCGAAGAUUUGUAUCUCAGAGAAAGCUGGAAAUUCUUGGCAUCCAUGUAAGGCUAAGGUUACGAGCACGAGCACGAGCACGGAAACUGAAGAUUCUGGAGAUCACAACCGGAGACUUCUCGUAUUCCGACGGAUUUUAGCCGCACAAACUGAUAAAUGUGCAGAACAGGGAAAAGUUCCUUUUGUUUCGUCAGAUGCAAUUCAUCAACUUCAUAUCUUCAUCUUUGUGCUAGCCGUUUUCCAUGUUCUUCAUUGUAUUGCCACCAUGGCUUUGGGUAGAUUGAAGAUGAGAAGCUGGAAGAAGUGGGAAAACGAAACAAAGACAGUAGAAUACCAAUUCUCACAUGAUCCGGAUAGGUUCAGGUUUGCAAGGGAUACAUCUUUUGGUCGAAGGCACUUAAACUUCUGGAGCGAGCAGCCGAUUCUCAUCUGGAUUUUUUGCUUCUUUAGACAGUUCUUUGGCUCAGUUACAAAAGUGGAUUACCUCACACUACGCCAUGGCUUUAUCAUGGCCCAUUUGGCUCCUCAAAGCCAUAAGAAUUUUGAUUUUCAAAAAUACAUCAAUCGAUCGCUUGAAGAAGAUUUCAACGUUGUCGUUGGUAUCAGUCCACCAAUCUGGUUCUUCGCGGUGUUGUUCCUAUUAUUCAAUACCCAUGGCUGGUAUUCUUACCUAUGGCUACCCUUCAUCCCGUUGAUCAUCCUUCUAUUGGUGGGGACAAAGUUACAGGUGAUCAUAACGAAAAUGGGGUUGAAGAUUCAAGAUAGAGGAGAGGUGGUGAAGGGUGUCCCCGUGGUUGAACCAGGUGAUGACCUUUUCUGGUUCAACCGGCCUCGCCUUGUUCUUUAUCUCAUCCACUUCGUUCUCUUUCAGAAUGCGUUUCAGGUCGCCUACUUGGUAUAUACUUUGGUAAGCCAUUGCACCAUUUUUUCUUUCAGUUCAAACUCAAAUUGCAUCAAUUACUAGCAUCAUAUGAUGAUGAUUGAAACCGA